AUGACCAGGGGCGCCUGGAUGUGUCGGCAGCAAGGGGACGGUUUACAAAUUUGGUAUGUACCCCGCCAGAGCGACAAACCCUGCACAGAUUCCGAACGAGCCCAGAAAUGGCGACUGUCUCUCGCGUCUCUCUUGUUUUUCACCGUCCUGCUCUCUGAUCACUUGUGGCUGUGUGCAGAGGCGAAUCUGACCGGGAUCAGAGACCAGGAGCAGGGCACCUUGGCAAAGAUGGGCGGGGAGCGGACAGAUCACUUACCUUCCCCCGUCUCCCCUAGACCUGAGCAGCCAAGCGAAGCCAGCAGCAGCAGUGGCAAACAUACUAUUUUUAUAGGUAAUAUCACAGCCAGACCGAGCUGGCAAUUAGAAACUUGUUACCCACAUUGUCUAACUGACCAGUGUUUCAUUGUUGAAGAUGCUGAGUCUAUCUGUGGACGCGUGAGUGAGCGAUUAAGCAGGGGCGCCUGGUCUUUUAGUAAUUUCCACCUUGCCUUUUGUGAAUCUUAUACCCUUUCGGAACUGUUCGCUGGGAUGCCUACGCCAGAAGGCUCGAAUUGCCAUCUCAAUGUAGUGAUGGAUGGAGAUGCUAUCGUUUGCGUUCGGUGUGUUGAGACUUACCAGCGGUUAGACCAGCACGCCCAGGAGAAGUAUGAAGAGUUCCAGGUCUUGUUUCAGAAGUAUUUGCAUUCGGGGGAGUACUCGGUGAAAAGUUGCAUCCAAGACUGCAAGGCUGUCUACAAAGCCUGGCUCUGUUCCCAGUAUUUCGAGGCCACACAGUUUCACUGUAGUUCCAGAAUUCCUUGCAAGCAAUACUGUUUGGAGGUCCAGACCAGAUGUCCAUUUGUUUUACCAGACAAUGAGGACCUUGUCUAUGGUGGACUGCCAAGUUUCCUUUGUACAGAGCUGCCCAACAGUCACCCAACCACUCCUGAACAAGAGUGUUGUGAUGUCAGGUGGGAGUUGCAUAGUUCAGUUUCAAAUAAACAAUCCAAAGGGACAAGAGAAACAACCAAUCCACCGCUGUGUCACAGGUCCUCACUUGCCUCAUCUGUGGCGUCAAAACUGUGUAAUAGUAGACUCAAGUUAUGUGUCCUGGUACUCAUCCUGUUGCAUACUGUAGUGACAGUCUCUGCAACACAGACUAGUACUGGAUUGGACUUUGGAGGGCUUGCAACUUGGGAAGAUAACUCAACCAGUGAUGAGUAA